UCUUAUAGCGGUGCUUCGCUAUAGGAUCUUUGCAUGUGACUGCAUUGGCGUCACUUCCGCCGCCUCUCCCUGUCAGCGCGGGGGAUUGUGGUCCUCUGUGUGUCCUUGCGCGGAGUCACGGAGACAUGAGCGGCCUGGCGACGCGCGGCCUCCGGGCCUUCCAUCAGCUUUCACAGCGAACAUUCAGCACUGCAGCCCGCAAAGGGGUGGAGAACAGGGUACGCGAGAAGCAGAAGAUCUUCCAGGCAGACAACGGGUUGCCCAUCCACUUGAAAGGAGGCGUUUCCGAUGCCAUCCUCUACAGGCUGACCAUGGCACUCACUGUUGGGGGUACAUUUUAUGUUAUGUACGUACUCUUCGACACUGCCCUGCCUAGUAAGAAGUAGCGUUUGUUCACAAUCAUGUCUGUAACUCCGUUUUAUUGCACAGCCCUGUCUUAACUAAACGGUAACUCUUCAGGGAUCUGAUCUUGUGAUUGACUGUUCAUGGUUUGCAGGAACAGUAACCUAUUUGACAAGUUUAUGUAACAAAGAAAUAAAGUGAUUAAUCUCGCA